CCGCCAAUUAAUACUGUUCUGGCAAAAUAUUUCUGCCACUUUUGUUGUGUUUCCAAAUAUUUGUAAGGGAAGACUAACAGACUCUGUAAUUCUCUUCUCCCCAUAAAUAUUGAAGAUCUAAAGCAGUUACUUGCAGAAUCUUCCUCAAACGAAAACAUGAUUCCACAAUCUUCAAGCCCUCAAAAGGGUGGCUUUAGAACGAUGCCCUUCAUCAUAGUGAAUGAAUCAUUUGAGAAGGUUGUUGGCUAUGGGUUGAUGCCAAAUAUGAUAUUCUACUUGAUGAGUGGUUAUCAUAUAGCCACUGCAAAUGGAGCCACCAUUCUGGCCUUGUGGUCUGCUACAUCUAAUGCCAUGGCUAUUGUGGGUGCUUUUCUUUCUGAUUCUUACAUUGGUCGAUUUUGGGCCAUUCUCCUGGGUUCCUUCAGCAGCCUUCUUGGCACUGUUCUUCUAUGGUUAACAGCCAUGAUCCCACAGUUAAAGCCUCCUCUCUGCACCCAGUUGAGCAGCAACUGUGAAUCAGCAACACCAGCCCAGCUCUUCGUCUUGCUAUCUUCUUUUGUGCUCAUGUCAAUUGGCGCUGGCUGCAUCAGACCUUGUUCGAUGGCCUUUGGUGCUGAUCAAUUGGACAAGGAAGGCAAUCCCAGUAAUGAGAGGCUAAUACAAAGCUUCUUCAACUGGUACUAUGCGUCAAUAGGUGUUUCAACAAUUAUAGCACUGACAUUGAUAAUCUAUAUUCAAGAUCAGUUUGGUUGGAAAGUGGGUUUUGGUGUUCCUGCAAUUCUAAUGGUGGUAUCAACUCUCAUGUUCUUGAUGGGUUCUAAUCUUUACAUUAAAGCGAAGGCUGAGAAGAGCUUGUUUACUGGCUUUAUUCAAGUGAUUGUGGCUGCUCUUAGAAAAAGAAACCUUGAUAUACCAGACAAUAAUCUGGAGUACUACCAGGGCCAAGAUACGGAUAACUACAUUACUCCAACUGACAAACUAAGGUGUCUUAACAAAGCUUGCAUCAUUGAAAAUUCCGGGAAGGACUUGAAACCAGAUGGAACAGCUUCAAAUCCAUGGAAACUCUGCAGCAUAGACCAAGUAGAAUCACUUAAAGCACUCCUAAGAGUUAUCCCUAUAUGGUCCACUGGCAUCAUUGUUAUAGUUAGUUUGGAACAAAAUUCAUUUACUGCACUCCAAGCCAAGACUAUGGAUCGGCACAUCACUGCACACUUCCAAAUUCCAGCUGGAUCAUUCACAGUGUUUGCCACUGUCACACUAACAAUAUGGGUUGCCAUUUAUGACCGCGUAAUAGUUCCAAAUAUCAAAAAAUUUACAGGAAAUCCAGGGGGGUUAAGUCCUGAAAUUCGGAUGGGAAGUGGGUUGAUACUUUCUGCAGUGGCUAUGGCAGUAUCAGCAAUUGUGGAGAGCAUUAGGAGGAAAACUGCCAUAGAUGAAGGGCUGGUUGAUGAGCCUAGCGGUGUGAUAGACAUGUCUGCUAUGUGGCUAAUACCACAAUAUUGCUUGCUAGGGUUGGCUGAGGCUCUGAAUGCAAUUGGGCAGAUAGAGUUUUACUACUCACAGCUUCCUAAGAGCAUGUCUAGCAUUGCCAUAGCUCUUUAUACGCUUGGAAUGGCUGCUGCCAAUCUGUUUGAUGCUGUUUUAGUGAAAAUUGUUGAUGGGGUUACAGAGCUGGGAGGGAAAGACAGUUGGCUGUCAAAUAAUGUGAAUAAGGGUCACUUGGAUUAUUACUAUUGGCUUAUCAGCAUACUGUGUUUGAUCAGUUUUGGGUGGUUUCUAGUGUGUUGUUGGAGUUAUGGAGCUUCCAAGGACAGGAGGAAAGUGCCCACAAAAAUAAGAUUAGAAAGAAAAGAAGAUGCAUCACCACUAAUCUGAUAUGCAUAUAUGUAUUUUUGUUUGGAAAAUUGUUCUUAAGAUGGGAUUGCAAUUUGUAGUUUUUAUUUCCUAAUCGCCGUUCCUUGUGCAAGGGAGAUGUAAUGUUCUGGCAACCGAAUAGUUAAAGAUUUUUAAUGCAAAUCAAUUUAGAAGAUAA